ACACCCUUAGAAAUAAUGAUUCAUUCUCCUCUCCAAUCGAUGUGGGAUCUCACACUUUAGUUACUUGAUGCUAUGAGUAAAAGUAGGUCCAGGGGAGACUGUUCAGAUUCUAGUUGAAUUCUUGGAGGUGGCCAUUACAUCAAUUGUCUUCCUCAAACGAAUUUACCCUUCUGGGUGCAAUUCUUUCUUUAGUCUCUUUGCCUAAGAUCCUAUUUACUGCUUUAUUUCUGGGAAAGGAUGCCGAUACUAAUGAAAUAAAGAAAAGAUGGAAAAGAUAGGAAUUGUGAGUAAUUAUUGGUGGGGUUUAUAUGAAGAUGCUUUUGAAAAAAGAUGGUUGAUGAAUGCGGUUGUGCAGAAAGCUCAUCAUCCUGAGCUGCAGGAUUACAUCCACUCAACUGUUUCAGGGCUACUGUCUUUCAUCCAAAAGGUCGACCAUUCACUUCUAUUCUUGUCCUCUAUCUACGUAAAGAUUAAAUUUGGCUCGUCUCUCCCUAGCAGACGUUUUAAAAACGAAACAUUAUUUACUAGUAGUGGACUUUGGCGACUGUUAUGGAGAGUUCAAAACGAAUACCAAGCAUUGGCAUCAACUAGGAGUAAGCACCCCAUCAAGUCCAUGAACAGCCAACCUCUAAGCUUGCAGUUAUAUCUACAACAUCCUAGCUUAUCUGAGCCAAAACCUUGUGAAUAAAUGUGCAUUACUGUGAAAAUACUUUGCUUAGAUUGUUGAAAGGUUUCUUGAGCUUGUAUUUUAGAGCUUGUGCAGACAGUUAGUUCAUAGUAUGUAUGAAGUGAUGAGAGUUUGAAGAUUUAAAGAGUGAUGAAAUGUGAAGCAGAAAAAGGAAAAGGAAAAGGAGUUUUUGUUUGGUAGAUUAAUGAGAGACAUCAUAAGUUGGGGUUGUCAGGCCUGCUCCUACUCUGCCUGUCUUCUUCAUUCAUCAUCCCAAUCACUCUCCUUUUCUUUAGCUGAGAUGUAAUGAGUGAAAAUCAGAGAUGAGUAUCAAUUCUCUCAGAUCUCACUUUUUUUCUUACUUUCCAAACUCCCCUUUACUCAUGUUUUUCCUCUUUUUACACCCUAAGUUACCGAUUUCCCUUCCCUCCCUCGCCAAAGUGUAUAAACGAGUCACUUGUCUUAGAACGUUCGCCCACGCUAUGACACACAUAUGUACUAUAGGGUAGUUUGCUUAGGCCACUGAGCCCAAUGGUGAUGGAGAGUUGACACCAUACCCCCCUAAGUCAUUUCCAAUUCUUCUCAAAUAGACGUCCUUUUAUGAGAAACUUUGAUACUCUACACAUAGACACUUUUCUAUAAACUCGCCUUUUCCCUCUUUAUACGAUCGAUAGACUCGUAAACAACUAAGAAAAGAGGGAAACGGUUGGAAAGAAAUGGGAAUUGAAUAGAGAAAGAUUGAUGGAAUUGUGAGUUCAUUGAGUAUUAGAGAAUAGAAAUACAAGUGGGUUGUGAAUUCAAAUGCCAAAUAAUGAGUGUUCAUAGCCAAAUGGUACCAACUCCAAUGCUCCAUAAUCAAUAAGAUGCAUUUUCUACA